CCCUUAUUUUUCGCCUGCGCUGUAUUUUGUCUGCGACUUGAUGCUCUCCGGUGGUUCAUUUGUUUUCCGUUGUCGUCCGCAGACAAGAUGUCUUCGUCGAGGGGCGAGGGGGAGCCUGCAGUGACCUCUGGGAUGGGAUCGGGGAAAGAUUCCACAAAACGUUCGUCUACGACCUCGAGGUCGUGGUCGGACCACGCAAGCUCAAAAUGGUUCGUUGACUGGUGCUGUGGUGAUGCUUCGCACCCAGUUCAACAGCCGUGUGGUCCUGUGAUCUUCGUCGAAGCCAACAAGCGCCGCAGGGUUCUGGGGGCUGUUUUGCGGUGGGAGAAUGCGAAAGGCAGUCGUCGACGGUUCUACAUGAAAAAUGUGUACGGUUCGAAGGGGAACGUUGCCGCUGGUGCCAAGGGGGCAGUUCUCGACAUGUGUAUGUUCGAGGGGUUCGGAGCGGGUGCAGUGAACACCCCGUUCUACAACGACCUCCAGCGGCAGGGCGGGUUUGUUUUGGGUCGAGAGUUCUUCGACUUGUUGGAGGACAAGGACAUCGCCCUCGACGUCCCUUGUGAAGUCGGUCUCGACCUGGAACUGUCAAUGCCUUUGCAGCUGUGCGGCGGUUGUGAGUCGAGCGGGGCAGCGGGGGAGGGGGGGGAUCUUGGUUCCGGCGAGGCUACACAUGUGCAGCAUAAGGAUACCAGAGGUCAGUUUGACGACAGCGAAGAUGAGGCGACCCCGCGUCUGCCGUUUUCAGCGUCGAGGGAAAGAGAGCGGUCCGUGCUGUCCAUACUUGAGGUCCGGCUACAGACCCCGGUUCGACAAGAGGUCGCAACGGAUCCCGGACAAGAGGAAGUCCAGUGUGGGUCCGACUUGGAGCCCGGCGAGGGCCAUGGCGCGGACGACAAGGCCGUGGGCGGUGAGGGAGCGCAGGGGACUCCCCAAAAAAGGAGGGGAGAUUGUCAAGAGGACUUGCCUGCGUCAGAACCUUCAACGACAAGGCCGACCAUCGACGUGGACGCCGGGUACUUCCUGGAGUACAAAGACGGCGUCAGGACACGGCGGGAGUUUGAGAUUAGCCCGGCUCAGAUCGUCGACCUCGGGGAGUGGGAGGAUCUUUACAACCAGCGGUCGCUGGAUCCUGUGCUCGUGGGAACGAUAAAAGAUGCAAUGCAGUAUGCGUUCGAAAAUAAAGAGCAGAGGUACGAGUUGCCGAUCUUCAAGCUCGCACCACUGGGGCUUCAAAAACCAACUCCCAGGACCGAGGCUCAACGGCUGAAGCCAGAGGAGUGGAAGGACGAGCUGGCGGGAGAAUACCACUACUACACGGUGUGCGGGCAGCAUAACGCCGCUGCAGCCCGAUCGCUGCUCGGGAGCGAGGUGGCCAAGAAUUACAAUUUCGAGCGGUGGCCGGCGCGAAUGCUUUACUUUCCGAACGACGACUUUGAAGGACUGAAGAGCCGGGAGGUCGCCCUUGCCGAAGACAUUGUUCACAUUAAAUGGAAAGACACGGGGGACGUGACAUCCAUCGCGCCGUUCGCUAAUGACCCUUUGGAGGCGGAUAUGAGGGGCGCAGAGCUGAAGGAAGCAGUGGCUGCCACAAAGAGCCACACGUUCGUCCUCGAUCUGUGCGAGCCGGUUGACCUCAAACUAUGGAAGGCCCAAGCGUGGGAGACUUUGGAUUCCUAUCUUCAGACGUGGUGUCCGUCGCAUUGGACUCUCGUUGUUUUCGUGCCGCGGCAGCACAACCUCACGUUUCUCGCCAGCAUGCACCAUCUUUCUUUCGUCAAGCUGUUGGAAGGGAAAUGGGUGAGGAGAGUUCAUCAAAAGAAAAGCUUCCCCGUUGGGAACAAUUUGUACAGGGAGGAAGACCGCAUGUACAUCCUCUUCAAGGGUGACGAUCUGCGCGCCAACACGUCCGUGGUCUACAAGGGAAACCUGCCCAGGGGUGCCGCUGCUGCGGUGCGAUUGCCUCAGAGGGUCACCCAGACGGAUGUGUCCGAGAUUCCCUUUGUGCCUUGCUAUUGGUCGCUGGUGGCGCCGGAACGACAGGGCAGUGUCUACGGGGAUAUGGAACGCAAUCCGACACAAUUCGUCGGUCUUCUUGAUUUCCUUGGCAAGAAGGGAGAAAGUGUCGUGUUCCUUGGGAAACCGCACGCGCGAAGCGUCUGGCAUCUUCUGAAGGCCGGCCGGCACGUUGUCGCGAUGGAAGGGAACGCCGAGCUCUUGCAAUUCACGAUGCUGGUGGUGAAAAGCGAGGUCAAUUCGGGCGGGCACAAUUGUGAGUUCAUGGUCGUGAAGCCAACACGGGAUAAGAAAGUGCCCCCUCCAAGUGGCCCAGACGCGGGGGAGCCAAGCAAGGAUCCCGAAAUUGGCAGUGUUGCGGCGCCGGACGGAAACGUGGGAAAGGUGUCGCCUGAGCAGGGGCGACGGCCGCAAGUAUUGCAGCAUGAGGCUGCAGGUACAGGGUACGGCGACACGCACACGACGAAGUCCGCCGAGAUCCGAACUUCUUCAGGCGGGGGGUGUCGGCCAGGGAUUGUCGUGCUGUUGAGAGGGGCAGCGUGCACGGAGACGGAAGGGCGGUCCUCGGGAUUCAACACGGGUACCGCGGAAGGGGAUGAGUUUCGUGGAAGGGAAGUAGGGGAGAAAAUGGAGGAACGGAGGGGAGCGCAAGAAGGGGAGGAAGAAGGGGAGGAAGAAGGGAAGGAAGAAGGGGAAGAAGAGGAGGAAGGGGAGGAAGCGGGAGAAACGGAGGUACUUGAGUUGCUUGAAGGAAGGGAGGGUGCCGGAUCUAGAGACGACGAGGUGGAGCACAGUGAGGACGAUGCCGGAUCUGGAGAGUCGUAUGACGAGUUCGGACAACUGUACGGAGAGCAUCACGAGGAUGAUGUCGACAUCGAUGCCACGGCAAUAGAGAUGGAGACACAAGUCGUUAGCAGCCUUUCCGCACAGCCUGAAGAUUAUGCGGUCUGGCCACUGACGUCUGUUGUCGACUUGCAACACCGCUUCGACGAGGCUUCCGUCGCUAUCAGCCCGUCUAAAACAAGUCGGCGUAUAAGCAUCGAUGAAGUAAUCGACGGUAUUCUCGGCGAGCACAACGUGUCUGCCCGUCCGUCCACAACGCCUGACGUGGACGAAACUCGCAACGUCACGUCUCUCGUUGCAGCUGCACUCACUUCGUCGCCGCCGAAGUCCUUGGUCCUGCCAGCCACCCUUGCCGCCGGAGAGAAAGGCGAGGUCGGGGGACGACAACAUGUCAAGUCCCCAAAAAAAUCGAAGGUCGGCGGUCAAGCUCUCGACGUGCUCGCUUUGCCCGCGCCAAAUUCCCCAUCGAAGGAGCGGAGAGAUAAACAGACUGGUGUGGCGGACUGGUAAGCCGUGAAGAACGCCACACUGCCGGCGCGUCCGGAUGUCGUCGGAUUACAGUCCGCGCUGUACACACGACGACU